AAUCUAUAGAGCGGAAUUCAGCCGUUGGGAGAGAGAGAGUCAAUGGCGUGCUGAAGAAUUCCGUAGGGAAAGACCCAAGAAGCCGCUAAUAUCACCUUCAAAUCUGAAUUCCUUUUCACUAUCUCCUCUCUACACAAGGUAACAACUCUCCAUCCUUGCUAAUUUCAUCGUUCAUCAUGUUAAAACACAAAGAAAAUUCUUCAAGUAAUGGUGUUUCUGGAGGUGGGAUCACUCAAUCCAAGGAAACAGACGUGAUUUAUGAUGAGAAUCAAGCCAACCCAGGUGAAAUUUCUUUAUUUUCUGAAAAGGGGAUUGGUCUUUCUAAUAAAAUUCUCGAUUCAAAACCCUUAGUAUCAGGGACUUGGAAUGAUGAUCACAACGAACCAAAAGGAAAAUCGGUUGUUUCUGAGGAUCAUGGUGAUCGUAAUCGUUGGGUGGAGAGAGAUUUUAUGCAGUUAUCAGGGAGUUCUUCAAAAAGAGAGGUUGAAGAUGAUGAAUUUAAUGUAAUUAGUAGAGAUAAGAAGCCAAAGUUAGAAACCCUAGACCUAUCUUUGGCAUUGCCUGAUGUUUCAUUAUCUCUAGCUGCUUCGAAUGAGGUUCGAUUUGGUGAACCUUCGGUUAGUUUGAAGCCCAGUAGGAGUUUACAGUCUUUGCCUACAAAUAGUAACAAUACACAGACCACUUUCUCCAUGGCUGAUUCAAUGUCAUUUUCGUGUUCCCAUCCAUUUUCACAUAAUUCCAGUUGCUCCAUGACUCAUAAUUCAACUGAGAAUUACGAGAAUUCAAAGAUUUGGAAUGGUGGGGAGGGAACUAAUGGAUCUGUUCAUAGCCGGUUUAGGCCUGUAGGUGAUGGUGGUGUUGUGUUGGUGCAAGCUAAUGGCACCAAUUCUGAUAAUAAUCUGUCGUUAUUCCCUUCCGAACUGCUGGCGAGGCUCAGAAACGACACUCAAGCGGGUGACUCAAUGGGAAGAGGUUCUAACGGUACCAAGCCUUCUAGACCUGAAAAGAUUCUUCAAGAAAUUGUAUCAGAGUCUAUUCCAGUAAUGGCUCAGGUAAUUCAAGAGCUUUCUGAUGAAACACUCGAAUCCACGAAGGACUACUUGAAGAAACUGAUAGAAAUCCCAGAAAGAAGAGACGAAUUGGUGAGACUACAGCUUCGGCUUGAGAGAAGAUCCGAUCUUACCAGUGAAAAUCUUUCAAAAGCCAAUAAAAACCAACUUGAAAUCUUGGUUUCUAUAAGAACGGUUCUUGGAAGCUUCUUAUCUGUCCAAAACCGCCUUCCAACCAAUGAAUUGAUCGAGAUUUUCUUAUAUGAAAGGUGUAAGAAUGUGAACUGCAAGAGACUAUUACCUGAUGAAGACUGUGACUGCAAGAUUUGUUCAAAAAAGAACGGAUUUUGCAGCCAGUGUAUGUGCCCAGUUUGUCUGAACUUCGAUUGUGCCAACAAUACUUGCAGUUGGGUCGGGUGUGAUGUAUGUCCUCAUUGGUGUCAUGCAGCCUGCGGUCUACAGAAGAAUCUAAUAAAGCCCGGUCCGAGCUUGAAGGGACCCACAGGGACAACCGAGAUCCAAUUUCAUUGCAUCGGUUGUGGUCAUGCUUCUGAGAUGUUUGGAUUCGUUAAGGAUGUUUUUAAGUUUUGUGCAGAAGAAUGGAGUUUGGAGACAUUGAUGAAAGAGCUUGAUUGUGUUAGAAAAAUCUUUAGAGGGAGUUCGGAUUUCAAAGGGAAGGAGCUUUACUCGAAGGCCGGUGAGAUGGUAUCGAAUCUUGAUAACAAAGCGAUGUCUCCUUCAGAUGUAUGCAGCUUCAUCAUUCAGUUUUUCAACUACACAGAUGGCAUAUCCGAAUUUCCCACAUCCAAUUUGCCAUCAACUGUUGUUCCACCAUCAAAACCUCCGUCUCAAAUGAUGAAUAGUAACAACAUGAUGAUUGAGGAUGAAUGGUCCGUAAAGUCGACCAAGAAAGACAGGUUUGACAGCGUGGAAAGCCUUGUGAGGAUAAAAGAAGCCGAAGCCAGAAUGUUCCAGAAGAAGGCCGAUGAAGCCAGAAAAGAAGCAGAGGGGUAUAAACGGAUGAUCAGGAUAAAGAUCGAGAAAUUGGAUGAAGAGUAUACACAGAAGCUCUCCAAGUUAUGUCUAAAUGAAUCCGAGGAACGAAAGAAGCAGAAAGUUGAGGAGUUUAAGGUUUUGGAAAAUGGUCAUUGUGAAUAUUACAAGAUGAAGAUGAGAAUGCAAGCAGAGAUUGCUGGUUUACUGCAGAGAAUGGAGAACACCAAGAAACAGUGGGUGUAAAUCUCAAAUUUAGGGGCCGUUUACCGGUUGAGUAUGGUAAGGAUUGAGAAUCUUACCCGGUUAGAGGCAUAGCAAGAACCUAGAAACUUAUCCGGUAAGUGAAGGAAAAGACUCUUACCCGGUAAUCGCUUACCAGGUAAAAGACGCCUACCAAAAACUCAUUUUGAUGGUCGAUAAUGUUCACAAUAAGGUACAUGAGAGUGGUGAUUCUUGUCGAUAAGUGUUUAUCAUGCAAACGUUUGGUAAACAGUACCUUAACUUGUGACAGUACUAUAUUGAGUAUUUGUUCUUGAAUGUCAUUAAUCUUUUCAAGAAAGCUCUUUAUUC